AUGCUCCGUGCGGCCGCAGUCCUCACCCUUCUUGGUCUGGUCCAGGCUGAGGAGCUCACGAAGGAGUCGUGGGAUGCUGCAGUAAGUGGAAAGACCGUGUUCGUGAAGUUUUUUGCCCCUUGGUGUGGCCACUGCAAGAAGAUGAAGCCCGAUUGGGACAAGCUGAUGCAGGAGUUCAAGGGCUCCUCUGAUGUUUUGAUUGCAGAUGUGGACUGCACUGGCGGCGGCAAAAGCAAGUGCGACGAGGUGGGCGUUCGAGGCUUCCCUACGCUCAAGUAUGGUGACCCCGACGACCUUCAGGAUUACAAGGGCGGGCGCUCCUACAGUGAGCUUUCCAAGUUCGCGAAAGACCUUGGCCCCCAGUGCGGACCCGCAAACAAGGAAGCCAGCGACAAGAAAGACAAGGAUGUGGAGGCCAUCAAAAGCUCGGGCCUGGGUCUCCUCAAAUCAGUCCACUCUUACAGCAAGAAGGCCAAGGCGGAGCUUUAG